GUCCGACAGCGUGCCCCAGGGCGCCACGCAGGCGCCGCUGCGGUGGAUGGCGUCGUACGUCGCGCGCCACCGUUUGACCGCGUUUGACCAGGAGGCGGCGCUGGCCGCUGAGCUGGCGGAGCUGCUUGACCAGAGGGCCGCGCUCGAGGCGUCGGGGGCGGCGCAGGCAGCACGGACGGCGGCGGCGGGGCGGCAGGCGCGGGGACGGUGA